UAUAGUGUUCUGAGCUGAAUUUGAUAGUGCUGCAAUUUAUGGUGUUCUGAUUUUCUCCAUCUCUCUAGGUUGGUGCAGCUGUGAAGUGGGGAGAAGAGAGAGAGAGAGGGAGAGAGAGAGAGAAGGGCAGUGAGAUUCUUGUCAAAGAUCGUUAAUUUUACUCGGGAAUCUUCCGAAGAACAGGAGAUUAUAUUACCCGAUAAAGCUUUUCCGUAACGGCUCUGAAGGAAGGCGCCAAGGCGGUGAUGUUUGACUUUGAAGCUGAAAAUUCUCAUUUUUCCUUCUGUUUUUUGAGGAUUCUUGCAUGGUACUAAUGGUUGAGAAUUUGCUUCUCCAAUUAUUUUGAUGAGUUUGGAUGAACUGUUGACAUGGGAAUUUCGAGAUCAUAUUUGCAUUCUGGAGGGGAUUGCUAAAUUUGCACUUUAUUCUGAGGUGAAGAAGGAGAAAAGAACACAUUUUUGAGUGGUUACCAGGUGCUGUAGGGUAGGUAGGUGGGAGGGAGAUAGAUGGCUGAAGAGGCUAACUCUUGGAUUAGGCGAACGAAUUACUCUCACACGGUUUGCCAUAGGCUAGAUGCAGCCAGAUUGGCGUCUCUCCCGAUUACCAUUCAGCAGGGGCGAAAUCCCGGUCUGAAAUCUAGGCCUGGCACGAGUUUUGCCAACCCCAUCUCGAGGCCGACUGUUCAGAGGGCGGUGUCACCCUCCCCUGAAAUGAAACUUUCCGAGACCUUUAAGGAAGCUCGGUCUAUUCAGAAGAGAUUUUCAACACCACAUCCACGACGGAAGGAACAUGAUAAAGGGUUUGUUGGCAAAUUGAGGCACAAGAGUUUCAAUGAGAUCAGGACAAGCUCUCCAAAACGACCAAGUUCAAAGUCUCCGAGACAAAGUAGUCCCCUACGCCAUUUUCUUUCAAUGAAGUUCCAUGAUAAAACAAAAAGCCGAAAGGAAUCAGCUUGGACUAAGUACUUUGAUCAUGGUGGGGGAAAAGUUACCUCCAUUGAUUCAGUGGAUGACUAUAUGGUUGAUCUUUCUAAGCUUUAUCUUGGACAUAAAUUUGCCCAUGGAGCACAUAGUCAGCUUUACCAUGGGAUAUACAAUGAUCAACCUGUUGCAGUGAAAAUUAUUAGAGUGCCAGAUGGCGAUGAACACCAUGAUCUAGGAUCUCGGUUGGAGAAUCAGUUUAACCGGGAAGUGACACUAUUGUCUCGUCUCCACCAUGAAAAUGUUAUAAAGUUCAUAGGUGCAUGCAAAAAGCCACUAGUUUUUUGCAUUAUCACUGAAUAUCUACCGGAAGGUUCUUUGAGAGCAUACCUGCACAAGCUAGAGCACAAGGCUCUCCCCUUACAGAAAUUGAUUGGGAUGGCAUUGGAUAUUGCAAGAGGAAUGGAGUUCAUUCAUUCACGAGGCAUUAUUCAUAGGGAUCUCAAACCAGAGAAUAUACUUAUUGAUGAGGAGUUUCAUCUCAAAGUAGCUGAUUUUGGGAUAGCUUGUGAGGAGGCAUAUUGUGAUCUCCUGGCCGAUGACCCAGGUUCUUAUCGUUGGAUGGCUCCCGAGAUGAUUAAACGUAAGUCCUAUGGUCGGAAGGUUGAUGUGUAUGGUUUUGGGCUCCUUUUAUGGGAACUCGUGACUGGAUGCAUCCCUUAUGAAGAUAUGACUCCGGUUCAAGCAGCUUUUGCUGUAGUGAACAAGAAUAUGAGACCAACGAUUCCCGUGGAGUGCCCCCCUGCCAUGAAAGCUUUGAUUGAACACUGUUGGUCUUUGCAUCCAGAAAAUAGGCCCGAGUUUUGGCAGAUUGUUAAGAUCUUAGAGCAGUUUGAGUCUUCACUUGCUAAUGAUGGGACCUUGAGUCUAGUGCAUGGUUUAACGUUUCAAGAUCAUAAAAAGGGGCGUCUCCAUUGGAUCCAAAAGCUUGGUCCCGUGCAUUCAGAUUCAUUUUCCGUGCCAAAACCUAGAUUUGCUUGAUGUUUCUUGAUGAUCUGGAAUUUUUUUAGUUUCUCCAGGCCUCAUUGUAACCGAAGAGGUUAAUGUCUCAAGCCUUUUUUGUUUUUCUUUUUCCCUUUUUCCCCCCUGUAUUCCUCUUCACUUUAUGCAGUGUGAAUGAUUAGGUGAUAGGCAUAAUGGGCUUGAAUGCCUUUGUAGUUUCUUACGUGAUAUAUACACAAAAAUGAUUACCAAAUUUUCGGCAUUUUGCA